AUGGUCAGGGCGAUAUUAGUCAGGGGGCACCAAAUUCACCGACGUUCUGUUUUGAAAGGUGUGCCGACGGACAUCGAGGUGAUGGAGUCAAACUCAAACGUCUCCCUUCCAUGUGAGGUCAAUGACAAUCGGAGUGCGCCACAUUCACCGACGCUGUUAAUUGAGGCCGUGCGAGUGGGAGCGCCGUACGCGGAGUUCGCCUCUCGUCUGCGCAAACUAGCAGUGCGUCAAGUUGAGCCAAAGGCGUCACUGCUCUCGGUUGCAUGUAAACCCGACAAGCCCCCAACGCUGCCGGUCGAGGUCACGGAAGUGCUACCGUCGAAGCUCCUGAAAAUGUGCGGGACAAAAAAUCCUACGUUUGAGUCGAAAUGGAAAAGAACUCGUGGUCGAGCCAUUUUGCGGCAAGACAUUGUCGUCAUUGUCUGUGGAAUUAAGUAUUCUAUGGAGGCAUUUGAUGCGAUGAAGAAUUGGUAUACGAUUCUUCAGCGCUACGACGAACUCGACCGCGCUUUGAAACAAUACCGCAAGACGAAGAUUGCCGUUGCAGUGCCCGCAAAUGUAAUUCGUAUGCCGCACAUGGACCUUGAGCUGGCUCGCGGUCAGAGCGCCUUCAAGUUUGCCACGGCUCAGGCGGUCCCACCCGCCAUGGUGGUCAACGUGAACGCGAACCCCUGGUGCAGUGUAAUCGUGGAUCUGUCCACGUCAACAAUCACCGUGUUCGAUUCCCAGCAGUGCGGCGACCGCCUUGUUGCACUGCACAAACUCAUCCAAGACAAGAUCGAGCCUUUGUUUCCUCCACGUCACUAUCGGAAUAGGACGUACAGCACCUUUGCCAUUCGAGAUAACUACAAUUGCGGAGUUGGGGUGUUGGUCUUUUUCGAGGAGUUCCUGUCUGGAAACCUGGCGCGAUGCGUCACAGGUAGCACACGGGACGCAAUGCAAUACUUCCGAUAUAGAUAUCUCAGUAAGAUCAUUGCAGGGCUUACUAAUAAGUAA